GCCGAUUUAAGCCACACCCCUACGUAACGGUUGUGCAGGUGGACGUGAUCAAGACGAAAGAACUUUCUCCUGCGCCAUUUUCUUUCGGGGAAUAUGCAAGACGGUAGAAGUUUUUAACAAAGAAAUGCUGGUUCAAGUGGAGUGCAAGGGUGUCCUGAAAUGGGUUCGAAUACCAAUGAAGGAUGACGGCUACGAUUACUUUCAGUUCAUUCAAGAAGUUUCAGCUAAAUUCAGCCUGCCAAAUGAACCUGAUGUGAACCUGAAGGACUCCUCAGGAGUUGAUGUAGAUGCUGACAUUUUUGAUGAGUUAGUGAGAUCUGCUGCAGUAUCUUUCAAAGUGUUUACUGAGGACUCUGCUGAGAAAGAGGUCUCUGAGGCUUCCUUCUGCUCAGAUGAGGGAUCAUUCUCAUCCAUUGAGUCUGUGAGGUCAUUCUCAUCAGUUGAGUCUGUAAGUUCAGGCUCCACUGUGAUCACAGAAAGCACCAAAGAACGGAGAAGGCGACUGUUAGAAGGACCACCUGACAGUAAAGCAGCAAAAGAUAUGGUCUAUGUAGCUCUACAUAAAAAAAACAGGGGUGAAGACAUAUUCAAAGAGUACAAUACGACCAAAGGCCUUUCUGAUCAAACAAGAAGGAAACUCGUCAACAUCCUGGUGGCAGAUAUGAUUGAGAGUCAUGGGAGGAUCCCACCAAUCAAUGUCCGUGUGACCUAUGCCCUUGGAAUAGUCACCCUUUUCCCCAAUUUGAAGGAUAAGGCCUCACCAACUGGAUACGAACAUUACUAUGAUCCUCACAGUGGCCAAGGUUACUUGGCCUGCAGAUUGAAAACAGUUCAGCGCAAUACCACAAGUAAUUUCAAGAGGAGCCCCAAGUCUGCUGAUCAACAUGGCCCUAAGACCCUGCGUGAGACAUCUACAUCUGAGCAGCUGUCAGGUGAUGAAUGCAGAGAAGCGAUGUCUGCGAUGAAGCAUUCAGCAGACCAACCAGUUGUGAGGGAGAAAAUGAAGGCAACCUUCAAGCACCGUCAGAGUAUGCUACACGAUCCAGACCAGUCUUCAGUCAUCCUAGAUCACUUCCCCCGAUUCUUGGAUACACCAGGCUUGCCUUCGCCCUGGUACUCAUGUGGAUGA